AUGCUCAUCUCCAUCACCGCUCUCGUCCAGUAUUUCGACUGCAUGGAAGCUGUCCAGCUGUAUGCUCAUUUCUGGAUCGACCGCCUGAUCUGGCCUAUUAUCUACAUUAGGAAUUUCCAUGAGUGGAUCUGGAUCGCGCGGAUCUAUCGACAUGACGCUCUUUUCGCAGAGGCCACGCGCAUCGCCAUCCGUGAAUCCACCGGUCCUCUCGAUUUGUGGGGGUUUGACGGAUCGAAGUCGUUAUCUGAUACCAUUGAGACUCUCCGACAGGAAGCCAUCGACGGGAUCGUUGCGAAGCUGUAUGACCGCAUCGAAGUCGUCAAGCAGGGCAAAUAUUGCUGCGGUAAAUGCGACGCCCUCAUUCUUGGAAGACUCAUCCCGCUGUUACAGGACCAUGGCCUUUACCCGCGACCGGUGCCGCCUUUUCAGGGGAUCAGUAUAGAUGUUCUCGUCCGUACGGUAGCAGGUCUGCAGGCCUGGUCGUUUGUUGGAGUCUUCCAUACGAUCAGGGGGUGCGAUAAUGUCACCGGUGCCGCGGUAGGAACUGAAAUGCAAGAGUUGGAGGAGCUGUGCGAGCAGGUUCAAGGGUUGAGUAUGGAGGAGUUUAAUAAUGCUUAA